AUCAAUACGUCGUCGUGACCUCCCAACUCCCAAAUUAUUUGUUUCUCCAGCAGCACAGGGCAAAACCAGUAAAACGAAUUUCUCCUCCGCCGCCGCCACCCCGCUACCGCUCAGGCCUCAGCCGCCGUCACUAACAAGUCCUAGCAUUAAAACCUGCUGUCUCGCUCGAAGACCUUUUCGAGUCACCGGCGGCUUGGAGAAAAGAACAUCCCUGUUAGUUACUGAUUAUCUUGCCCUUUUCUCGCGUACUAAUUAGUCAUGGGUUCAGUGAAGAGAAGGCCUUUGGAGGAGGCGACGGAGGGCUGCGAGACUCCGCCGCUGAAGCAGCGGAGAGAAAAUGGGAACGGUGAUGAGAAUGGGUUGACAGAUGAAGCGGUAACUUGCCUUCACGAAGUAUCGUAUCCGGAAGGCUACGCGCCGUCCACUUCGAGUAAUCAGCAAUAUGAAGCAAAGCCAGCCAAGGAAUUCCCCUUUUCUCUCGAUCCCUUCCAGCUGGAAGCUAUUAAGUGCCUCGACAAUGGCGAAUCUGUCAUGGUCUCUGCGCAUACAUCUGCUGGUAAGACAGUUGUGGCCUUGUAUGCCAUCGCGAUGUCGCUGCGCAACAAGCAACGCGUGAUAUAUACAUCUCCAAUCAAAGCUCUUAGCAACCAGAAAUAUAGAGAGUUCAAAGAAGAGUUUUCGGACGUUGGGUUGAUGACAGGUGAUGUCACUAUUGAUCCCAAUGCGUCUUGCUUGGUUAUGACCACUGAGAUCUGGCGAAGCAUGCAAUACAAAGGAUCAGAAAUUACUAGGGAAGUGGCGUGGAUUAUUUUUGAUGAAGUGCAUUACAUGAGAGACAGAGAGAGAGGUGUUGUAUGGGAAGAGAGUAUUGUUAUGGCCCCAAGGAACUCCCGAUUUGUGUUUCUCUCAGCUACAGUGCCUAAUGCAAAGGAGUUUGCUGAUUGGGUUGCAAAGGUGCAUCAGCAACCAUGUCAUAUUGUUUAUACAGAUUAUCGGCCAACUCCCCUUCAGCAUUACGUCUUCCCUUGUGGAGGUGAUGGUCUUUAUUUAGUGGUUGAUGAAAAAGGUAAGUUUCGUGAGGACAGCUUUCAGAAGGCUCUAAAUGCUCUGAUUCCGACCAGUGAAGACAGAAAGAAAGAGAAUGGAAAAGGGUCGAAAGGUUUAGUUGCAGGUAAAGCUGGUGAAGAUAGUGAUAUAUUUAAGAUGGUGAAAAUGAUCAUUUUGCGCCAGUAUGAUCCUGUCAUAUGUUUCAGUUUUAGCAAAAGAGAAUGUGAAUUUCUUGCUAUGCAGAUGGCAAAAAUGGAUCUAAGUGAUGAGGAUGAGAAAGUAAACAUUGAAACUAUUUUCUGGAGUGCUAUGGAUAUGCUGUCUGAUGAUGAUAAGAAGCUGCCACAGGUUUCAAAUAUGCUGCCCUUGUUGAAACGAGGGAUAGGUGUACAUCACUCUGGUUUACUUCCCAUACUAAAGGAAGUCAUUGAAAUCUUGUUCCAGGAAGGAUUUAUCAAGUGCUUGUUUGCCACAGAGACCUUCAGCAUUGGGCUAAACAUGCCUGCAAAAACUGUUGUCUUCACUAAUGUUCGGAAAUUUGAUGGGGAUAAGUUUAGAUGGAUAUCUAGUGGGGAGUACAUACAAAUGAGUGGGCGAGCUGGUCGCCGAGGAAUUGAUGAUCGGGGGAUUUGCAUCCUUAUGGUUGAUGAGAAGCUAGAGCCUUCAACAGUGAAAUUUAUGUUGAAAGGAAGUGCAGAUUCUUUGAACAGUGCGUUUCACUUGAGCUACAAUAUGCUUUUAAACCAAAUACGAGCUGCAGAUGGGGAUCCUGAGAAUUUGCUUCGUAAUUCAUUCUAUCAGUUUCAGGCAGAUCGUGCCAUUCCUGAUCUUGAGAAACAAGCAAAAAUCCUUGAAGCAGAGAGGGAUUCUAUUAUAAUUGAAGAAGAAGAUAGCUUGGAAAAUUACUACUCUCUUCUAAAACAAUACAAAACUCUGAAAAAGGAAAUACGUGAUAUAGUUUUUUCUCCAAAAAAUUGUUUGCCUUUUCUGCAGCCUGGAAGACUUGUUUCUAUACAAUGCACAAAGAUUGAUGAGGACUCCCCGUCAUUCUCUACACAGGAUGAGGUCACAUGGGGAGUCAUAAUAAAUUUUGAGAGGGUAAAAGUAGCCUCUGAAGAUGAUUCAAACAAGAAGCCUGAAGAUGUAAGCUAUACAGUGGAUAUUCUCACGAGGUGCAGAGUGCAUAAGGAUGAAAUUUCUAAAAAAACAAUUAGAGUCGUUCCCUUAAAGGAGUCUGGAGAGCCGGCUGUCGUUUCAAUCCCUAUUUCACAGCAGAUUGAUAGCUUAAGUAGUGUCCGGCUAAUAAUACCAAAAGAUCUUCUUCCACUAGAAGCUCGAGAAAAUACUUUGAAGAAAGUGUCCGAAGUUCUGGUUAGAUUUGCAAAAGAAGGUGUACCUAUUCUAGAUCCUGAGGAUGACAUGAAGGUUCAAAGCAGCUCUUACAGGAAGGCGACACGAAGGAUAGAAGCACUUGAGAAUCUUUUUGAGAAGCAUGAAGUUGCUAAAUCUCCUCUGAUUGAGCAGAAGCUCAAAGUCCUGCACAUGAAGAAGGAACUUACAGCAAAAAUUAGAUCUCUUAAGAAAGCAAUGAAGUCUUCGUCAGUGUUGGCAUUCAAAGAUGAAUUAAAAGCAAGGAAAAGAACUCUUAGGAGACUGGCAUAUAUUACAAGCGAUGAUGUUGUUGAGCUAAAGGGGAAAGUUGCUUGCGAAAUCAGCAGUGCGGAAGAGUUAACAUUGACAGAACUCAUGUUCAAUGGGGUUCUAAAGGAUGUAAGGGUGGAGGAGAUGGUAUCUCUUUUGUCAUGUUUUGUUUGGCAAGAAAAACUGAAGGAAGCUCAAAAGCCGCGGGAUGAGCUUGAGUUGCUUUUUACACAAUUACAGGAGACAGCACGUAAGGUGGCUAAGGUUCAGCUUGAGUGCAAGGUACAGAUAGAUAUAGAGAAUUUCGUGAGUUCUUUCAGACCAGAUAUCAUGGAGGCUGUCUAUGCUUGGGCUAGAGGAUCUAAAUUCUACGAAAUUAUGGAGAUGACACCUGUUUUCGAGGGCAGCUUGAUCCGAGCAAUCAGGAGACUGGAAGAACUCCUUCAGCAGCUCAUACAAGCUGCAAAAUCUAUUGGUGAGACAGAUCUUGAAAUGAAAUUCGAGGAUGCUGUCACCAAGAUCAAGAGAGAUAUUGUCUUUGCUGCAUCUUUGUACUUAUAGACUAUACACUUCGUGUAAUUAUUAUGCAUAUAUGAUUCAGCGGGAGAGCAAUGGCUUCAGUGUUAAAGGUCAUGUGUUGAAGAGAGCAAACAUAGUUUUUCGGCUCUGGAAUGUAUAUUGAGUCCUCGAAUGAAGAGGAAAAUGCAUUUCUGAUUGACAAGUUGGCGUAAGUUCCGAAUUCCAGAGGGAAGGUGCUACUUUGGAGUAUCCAGGAGGAAGAGAGAGACUUAAGUUGGGAAGAAACAUGUUGCUAUAAUCAUCAAGCAAUUUAACUGAAUCUUGUACUUGUUCAGUUUCACUUUAGGUGUAUAAGUAGUUGCUUCCUGUUCCAUGGAUUAUAAGUAGUUUUUAUGCUAUUUUGUUUUCCAGUUUCUUCACAUCUUCAAUUUCCUGUUUCCUGUUUCUUGUUUGUAAAAUGAUGUUAGAACAUUAAAUCAGUUACGUGAAUGAGCAAUUUUGAUGCUGAGUUUCCCCA